AUUAACAUUCAUAUCCGAAAAAAGAAAAGAAGAAGAAAAGGGGGAGAGAAGAACCACUGCGACGGAUGCAAGACGACGACGAGACAGUGCAAGACAGUCAUAAUGGUGCAUGGAAAACCGCGCGCGAUGGCAUAAUUCGUGUAGCAAUAGCCGACACCGCAACAAUUUUACGAGAGAGUGGCGCGACAUCAUAGUAACGCUGUCAGAAAAGAGAGGGGCAAAAAUAGUUAAGACAACAACUGCGGCAGUAACGCUCUUAUACACGUGGAUGGGAGAGACAGAGGCAGGAAAGGUAGCGGAAACAGAUGGAUGUGACUGCGCUACCUCUGCACGGAUUGCGGGGAGGGAAGGACAGCUGCUGGAAUUUAGGGUUUAGGGUUUAGAGAUGGCCUUUUGGUCUGUGCCGCACAGUUGUGUUGCUUCCGUCAUUGCCCAAAUUACCUUUUGAAUUAUAUAUGGUUAUCCCAUAAAUUAAGAACAAGCAAUAAUAUAAAUAAAAAUAAAUUUAAAAUGAUGAUUUAGUUUAAUUAUUUUAAAAUUAUAAUCUAAAAUUUGAUAAUAAUUAAUUAAUUAAUUAAGGAUCGAAAUUUUAAAAUUAAUUUUAGUUUUAUUUUUUAUUUUAUUGUUUGCAUUGUUUACUAUAUGCCUUGUUUAUCUAUACUUUCUUGUAUUAUAUAUUUUCGAUAGUUAAAUGUCUUAUUUAUAAGUACUUUUGUUAUAUUGUUAUAGAUAUAUACUAUGGCUCUGUGGAACUUAUCAAAAAACAGAGAGACAAUGGCUUUGAAAGAAUUAACUUGUCCCAGCUUUGAGCUAUGUCUGAUGUUGUUUUCUACGAUUAUUACUAUUAUUGUGUUUAAGCUAAGAACAAGUGUGAAAGUGGAAAGCAAAGGCAUUGUAAAUCUGCCUCCGUCACCAAGAAAGUUAGCGAUAAUUGGGAAUCUUCAUCAGAUAGGCGCAUUGCCAUAUCGGUCCUUCAAAGCCCUCUCAGAGAAGUAUGGUGAUGUCAUGUUGUUACAGUUAGGCCACAUUCCAACUGUGGUGGUUUCAUCAGCACAAGUGGUGGACGAAAUCAUGAAAGCUCACGACUUAGCACUCUCGAACCGAGGCCAAAGCACAGCCACGAAUAUCUUGCUGUAUGGAUCCAAUGAUAUUGGUUUUGGAAACUAUGGAGAAAGGUGGAAGCAGAAAAGAAAAAUAUGCGUGCGUGAACUCUUGAGCCCUAAGAUGGUGCAGUCAGAGUCGAUUCGUUUGGUGAGAGAAGGGGCAGUUGCAGAAUUGCUUGACAAGGUACGCGAAGCUGCAGCAGCAUCAUGCUCAUCACUGAAUUUGAGUGAGUUGCUCGUUGAAGCAGCAAACAACAUCAUUUGUAACUCUGCUCUUGGACAAAAGAACGAUGCAAAAGGUGUUCGUCGCAGAGACAGCGUGAAGGUGUGGGCGAAGAAGGUGAUGUUUCAGGUUGGAGUUGUCACCCUUGGGGAUCACUUUCCUUGGUUGCGUUGGGUGGAUGUUUUGACUGGCCAGGUUCGAGAAUUCAAAGCCACUUUUGCAGCCUUGGAUCCCUUGUUUGAUAAGGUCAUUGCUGAGCACAGGAGUUCCAUGUUCAACAAAGAAGCAGCUGAUGAUGAUCUCAGAGAUUUUGUUGACAUCCUCGUCCAACUUCAAGACCAACAGCAGGCUGCCAAUAACGCCAUCUCCAACAAUGACAUCAAAUCAAUUCUUCUGGACAUGUUUGCAGCGGGAAGUGAGACAACUUCAGUAACAGUAGAAUGGGCAAUGUCAGAACUAAUGAAAAAUCCAAUGGAACUGAAGAAAGUCCAGGAAGAGGUGAGAAGGGUUGUGGGGCACAAAUCAAUUGUGGAAGAGAGCAACGUGAACCAAAUGGAGUACCUAAAAUGUGUGGUGAAAGAGACUCUAAGGUUGCAUCCACCUGCACCGCUCUUGGUUCCGAGAGUGGCAACACGCCACGUGAAACUCUCUGGAUAUGACAUCCCAGCAAAGACAAGAUUGUACGUGAACGUCUGGGCUAUCCAGAGGGAUCCUCGAGUGUGGGACAGCCCGGAAGACUUCAUUCCAGAGAGGCAUCGCCAUAGCCACACUCCAAACUUCAAGUUUAUCCCAUUUGGUUUCGGCAGAAGAGGAUGCCCUGGAAUGAAUUUUGGCCUUGCUUCUGUUGAGUAUAUGCUCGCUAACCUUCUCUAUUACUUCAAUUGGGAAUCUCCACAAGCCAUAGAUAUGGCUGAGACAUUUGGCCUCGUUGCCUCCAAAAGAAUCCCACUUCGUCUUAAGCCUAUUCCAUUCUCAUUCGGAUAACAACAUAAUCAUUUACUUUCCAAGUGAUGUUAGUGAGAUGAGUGCUAAUAAAGUCUUGGAGACUAUAUAUUUACGUACUACUUUGGUAUGUCUCAUCAGUGGCAACUCUUAUGUUUCUUCAGUACUAUUUUCUGUACAAUCAUUUAGAACUCUAAGCAAGCUGAUGUAGCUUCAAGUUUAAUUUACUGAGAUUUUUAUGUGAAUGAGCAACAUAU